AUGCUAGGCUUUCGCCCACUCCAGGUGGGGAAGCGGAAGCAACACUCCUACAAUGAAGUCCCAUCCCACGACGUCGAAGACCUCGACUACGAGAAAUACAUGAGUAGCGACGAUGAAAGCUACAACUCUUCCGCCACAUCGUCUCCGCCCUCGUCUCGGUCGUCGUCGGCUGCACAUGCCCCGCCGAAGCGAAUACCGCGUGCUCUAUCAAGGCCGUCCGUGAGCGCCUAUAGCUACAAGAACCCGCGAAUGUUCACAAGAUACUUUGGGCUGGCAAUAGCAUCGACACUACUUCUGUUCGUGUUUUUCUUGCUGAACCGGAGCUGGGCGUCAAUGCGAAGUGCUGAGCUGGGAUUGCACAACGAACCCCCUCCGAGACCAGUAUGGGAGAGCUUUCCUUUCUUGAAGAGAUAUCAUGGCGGAAUACGGACACUGGUCAGCAGAGGGAAGAACACUCCUGAGUACCCGAAGAAGGAAGACAUAGACCCGGACAUGCCACCGCAGGAAGUCAAGGAAGUCGCACCCAAAAACAAACGCAUGGAGGGCGGGAACUUACCCGAGUCUGUGCCUUUUAACCCAUAUCCUGACUACCAGAGCCAGAAGUACAUCGACGAGUAUGGGCCGGUAGAAACGUGCUAUCUGGAUGCAGAGGGAAAAACGCAAUUGCCAUCAAUGAGGGUAUACAACGGGGUGACGGAGGGUACCCCGGAGAACGUCAUUGGUUCAUACGACUUGCUUGGUCUACGAAAAGACAUGUGCUUCGAGCGCUUCGGACGUCUAGGUCCGUACGGUCUUGGCUACUCGAAGAAGCAAGGUGGCACUGGUGCCGCUAUGGAAGGAGAUCGCGAAGGUAGUGAGAAGGUUUGGGAGCAGACCUCUGAGGUCGACUUCCGCAAGGUUAAUUGGGGCGAGGCGCUCGAUCGCUGCUUAGAGAAGAAUAAGAAGCGUUUCAAGCCCAGUCCUGGUAAUGGUCAAAACAAGUUCCAGACCAUUAGCACCAGAGACGCCGGAUUACAGAAGAGCAAUAGCACAAUCGUUGAGCAAGCGAAAAAGAAGCACAAGAAACUUCUCCCUCGUACCGCGGUUCUUAUCAGGACCUGGUCGGACUACGAGUACGAUGACGAGGAUAUUAUGUAUCUCCGAUCCCUCAUUUCCGAGCUCAGCAUCGGUUCCGGCGGCGAGUAUCAGGUGCAUUUCCUGAUCCACGUCAAGGAUGACAACAAGCAGAUCUGGGCUGUGGACGAAGUGUAUCAAGAGGUCCUUAACGCGUCUCUGCCUGCCGAAUUCGCCGGCAUGGGCACGCUUUGGUCCGAACGUCAAAUGGGUCUUAUCUACGGUGGCGUUCACGACUCCAUGUUCCGUGACCUGCCCGUCCAUGGUGCAUACCGCUCUACCUAUAUGCCGGUCACCUAUUUCGCUCAUCAACACCCCGAAUUUGAAUUCUUCUGGCACUGGGAAAUGGACGUUCGGUACACUGGUCAUUACUACCACUUGUUCAAGCAAAUCAGCGAAUGGACAGAUAAGCAGCCACGCAAAGGUCUUUGGGAACGUAACGCGCGCUUCUACGUUCCUGCUGUGCAUGAUUCUUGGGAAGACUUCUCACAGAUGGUUCGUGUCCAAACCGAGCAUGGAACAAACAGCAAAGCGAACGCUUGGUCCUCACACCUUCCUCCGAACCCUCAUGUACCCGAGCUUGAAAGUCAGAACAAGGAGAAGCCAGUCUGGGGUCCAGAACCACCCCUCGACUACCUCGACAUCGAGAUCGAUGAAGCUGUCAAACCACCGCGGACCUUGAUCGAAGACAAGUAUCAGUGGGGCGUAGGAGAACCUGCUGACCUGGUUGUCCUCAACCCGCUUUUUGACCCUGACGGAACGAACUGGCUCCUCGCUGAAGACUUCACGGGCUACAACACAACGCAACGUCCUCCACCCCGCCGUGUAGCGAUAAACACUUCUGGCCGCCUUUCACGUCGGUUGCUGGAGACUAUGCAUCGCGAGCAGUCCCUUCACCGACACACAAUGUUUUCGGAGAUGUGGCCCGCUUCCUGCGCGUUGCACCAUGGACUGAAGGCUGUCUACGCCCCGCAUCCCGUGUACAUCGACCGGAAAUGGCCGGUGCAAUACCUUGCCGCUAUAUUCAACAAUGGUCGCAACGGAGCGAGCGGUGGCUCGAGGCUGAGUGUAUUCAGCGACGACAGGCAGCAUAACUUCUUGGGAACGACAUGGUACUACCAUGCGGGACACGCACCCAAUUUGUGGAAGCGAUGGCUCGGCUACAAAGUCGAUAAUGACGGUGGAGAGCAGGAAGAAUUGGCCGGCGAGGGAAGGAUGUGCCUGCCUGCUAUGCUUUUGCAUCCCGUCAAGCAAGUCGACUUGAUACAGGAGCGGUUGGAGGAUCCUGAGGCGGUUACGACCUAA